AUGACACCUCUGAAGUCCUCGCUUACCGUAUCAGGUUCCGAUUAUCAGAAAUACAUCGCUGCACUCAGUGGUUCCAACCCUGGGCUCAGGAAACCGGAUCCAAACAAUAAAAGAUAUCCCUUGACGGACAACAAUGCUCUAGUAGUGUUACUUGAAGCACCCUCAAAUGGGAAAGUCGAAUUCGAGAAAACAGAAUUCAAAAGUCAUCAAGACCUCGCCACCCAUUUUGAAGAGGUCUCGCCGUCCGCCGAGAAUCAUGAUCGACGACGGAUAUAUAUCAUGGAAGGCUUGGCCAAGAAAUAUAUCUCCAUUCUAGGCGGCCACUUCAUGAUGGAUCCGUCCUUUUUUCAGAGACAAGAAAGAACCUGCGUUUGGAGCAACGACUUUACUCCUGUCUCCGACGCAUUGCCACAUCCCACCCUGCUCAAUCCGGACAACAGCUUUCAUCUCCAGUACUGUGAACUGAGGCAGUUCACCAAGGCAAUCGAAAACAAGCCUUACUUCUGCAACCGAACGAGACGACAUGUAGGUAUGACGCCACCGCGUCACAAAGAGGAUACCACGACCGGCAUCCUGAGAAGGAAGAUAUCUUGGUGGUGCAGAAAAACGUCGCUUGGCGGUUGGGAUGUGGUCAUCCUCUGCGACCCUCAGCUCGAAAAGCUGGAUGUGCAGCCAAGAGAAUACAUCAUACCUAGCGGCACUUACAGAUCUUUGAAGCCAUCAGAGGAGCUGAAGAAUUCGCCGUUCCAGGAUGGUUAUGUCGAUUUCAUACCACCUGCCUCUUCUCUCGUCGCUGCCAACAAGCCGAAGCAUCCCCAUAGCUCUAUGCUUCGAGACCUGAUCCACUACUACAAGAACCACGCCGAUUUAUUUUCUAUAGACGAUUGGGCCGAACCGACCCAAUCGUCCAUCUUCGUUAAGAAGAUCGUGGCUGCACAUUAUUUGCAGCUCGUCGAUUACAUCAAGGCCAUGUUGCCUUCCCUCGAACUACGUUUGACCACCGCCUGGGUCGAAGAGCAAGAUCAAUGGAAGUCGCUUCAAACGAUCUCUCGCCGUUGUGGUAACUAUCGAGAUGAUGUUGAGGAUACGCUGCUAAGUCUCGGGUACCCCAUCGACGUUCUAGAUAAUGGGCGCGGCUUAGGCUGGAAAGAUUGCCGGAAAGACUUCCAGUACAUUUACUUCCGGCUCAAGGUUCUCAAAGAGCGUGCGGACACUCUUAUGCAGUCAAUGACAGGUCUAGCGAGCAUUGCUGGCAACCGGCAGAAUUUGGAAGAGGCGAAGCGCGUGAAGCGCUUGAAUCUACUCGCAUUAUUGUUCGUGCCGUUGGCAUACACGUCUAGUUUGUUCAGCAUGCAGGAUGAUUACGCACCGAACAAAGGAAGCUUUUGGGUUUAUUGGGUCUGCGCACUGAGCGUCGUUGGUUUGACGCUCAUCAUCACGUGGACUUUGGACUCAGCGUUGGACGACGCAGCCCAAUGGACCGUGCCCUUCCGCAGGUGGUUGCAAAGUGAUCGCCCAGACCAAAAGUUAGAACCAGCACCAAAGAAAAGAACAGGGACAGGGUUCUACAAGCUGUGA